GGACGAGAAAAGCUGUCGGAAUCCCUGUCUAACUCACGUCAUUUAUCAUACAUAUUAAACAUAUUUCAGGCGCUUUUAGAUGAUUUUUUUUAGCGAAACUGCUUUGCAUACCCCAAGAUCCUGAAGAUAAUCACAAUUAAAAAAAUCUGGAAAUGUGACGUAUUAUUAGGAGAACUCAGCGUUGUUCGUAACUCAUGUUUAUUGGUUAUAUCUCAUUUUAAAGCUUAGCGUGGGACUUCAGCGAAGGAGACGGAAAAUUAAGAUGUUCUGUGAUAGAGUUCAGAUUAUCUUAUAAUUAGAUAUCGUCUGAGGUUACAGGGGAACAGCAACUGUAUAUACGGCUCCGGGAAAUACCAAGGCUCUCCUGGGAAAUAUAUAUGUAAAUCCGCGACUUUAGGUGAUCUAUAAUUUUAGCACCGUGACAUCAUUGGAACCCCUUUCGAUCUGUGAUUUCUCAAAUAUCAUCUUGUAUAAUUUUAGAAGUUAUUCUCUCGGAUGGGUGUUACAUAUGAAAAUGACACACUGGAUACUAAACCUGCACCAUCACUGGAGUACACGAUAGUAGCCGUAGGCCUGCCCCUGCUUAUAUUCAUCAUCGGGCUCGCGGGUAAUAUCUUGGUCAUCGUUGUGAUUGUUAGAAGGAGGAGUCUCCAAACCCCCACUAAUUGUUACCUCCUAAGUCUGUGUUUCGCCGACUGCAUCCUCCUGCUCUCCUCAAAUCUUCCAACCAUUCCCGAGCCCCUACUUCCGGCAGAAGAUUGGCCUUAUGGAUCCUUCAUGUGUACAUUGUGUGUGUUUCUCGGAUAUCUGGGGGCAAAUGUUUCCUCACUCUCCAUUGGUGCCUUUACGGUGGAGAGAUACAUUGGGAUAUGUCAUUCCUUGAAAGCUCAGACAAUCUGCACGGUCAGCCGUGCGCGAAGGAUAAUUCUAGCGUUAUGGACCAUUGCCGUGUUGUAUUGUUCUCCGUGGUUUGCCUUGGCCAAAGUUGUUCCUACUUAUCGGAACAACACCUUAGUCUACAGUUGUACCUACACAUUAAAACGAUACUACUACGGGAUCUACUAUGUUUUUGAUUUCCUGGUUUUCUAUGUUGUGCCUCUUGGUCUAUCUUCUGUGCUUUACUUUUUCAUGAUUAGAUUGCUAUUAAAGGAUGGGGCUCCAAGAACACACGAAGAUCGAUUCCUUCGACAUAGAAGCAGAGGGGUGGUGGCCAGAAUGCAGGUUGUGCGCAUGCUGAUUGUGGUUAUGGUGCUGUUCGGAACUCUAUGGCUUCCGUAUCGAAUCGUCGUUGUCUACAAUUCCUUCCAAGAGAAGCUGCAGCUAAGGGACUCCUGGUUCUGGCUUUUCUGUAGAACAAUGGUUUUUGUCAAUAGCGCCAUUAAUCCUAUCAUUUACAAUAUGCUAUCCGUCAAAUUUCGCCAAGCAUUCCGGAAUAUAAUAUGUAAAGACAAGGAGAGGGUGUCGUUUAAUCAAGGAUUGGAUACUUCCCUUCAGCUAUCGCGCAUGUCUCGAAAGUCCUCUAGAUACUCUUUUACUGCUGAAAUGCUGAUGAAUGGCCGAAUCGUUCAAGAAGAGAGACCAGUUCCAUGGACCAGAAGUUUCACUCGGUGAAAAGAAGAUAGAAUUAUUUGGUUGUAAUAAAAAACGAUGAAAUUUUUUUUAACUAUGGUCGUGGUAUAUUGAUUUAGGCAAUAACCAUUUAUGGGUAUGAUAAUUGAUAAUGAAUGAGCUGAAAACUAUUCUCACACCCAAAAGCUAGAAGAAUUCCCAAACUUAUGUUCGAUCAUCUUCAAACCUUAUAAUGUAGAGAACGAUUUCUGUCAUUUUCUAUAUGUUAGUUUUUGGGGAAACAAAGUUUUGAUGACAGAUAUGUUUACAUUUAAAUCGCUUAAGGAAAAUUUUGGUUCUUGACACAAAAAAUCAAAUGUGACGUAUAUUACUGUAAUGUAAAAUAAUUGAUUAUUUAAUUAUAAGAUUACAUGUAUGUUAACCGCUAAAGGAAGAUUUCGGUUCUUAAUUGACACACACAUAAAAAAUCAAAUGUGACGUAUAUUACUGUAAUGUAAAGAAAUUGAUCAUUUUAAUAUAAGAUUACAUGUAUAUUAAUCGCUUAAGGAAAAAUUAUGUUCUUGAAACAAAAAAUCAAAUGUGACAUAUAUUGCUGUAAUGUAAAGUAACUGAUUAUUUGAAUAUGUAAGAUAAAUGACUUGUGCCGUACUAAAGUAGACAGAUGCGAUAACGUUGGUCACAAAAAUAAUUAAAAUUUUGACAUCCAAAGACUAUUGUGGAUUUUUUUGUUUUUAUCUUUUGUAUUCGUAGAAGACCAAAAAUAUAAUGUACGUAGUUAUCUUGAAAAAUAGGAUAUUUUCAGUAAAAAAAUAAUUACGUAAGUUAACAGGAAAAGCAUCAAGGACUGUAUGGUUCUUUGGCAAUUAAAAAAAUAUUACGUAAUUCUUGUAAAAAUGAGAACUGUAUUGAACCAUUUAUUAUUUGCAUUGUAUAUUUUUCAUUUUUAAAAUUUUUUUUUUAUUCUAAUAUGAUAUUUUUGUGUGAAUUUUAUAUGUUAGCUUUUGAAUUAUAAAUUUCAUUUGUAUUCUAUAUUUCUUUUUAUUUACUUUCUAUAAUUUUAG